UCUCAUUUUUGGUUAACAUUUAAAUAUUCACGAGUGUCUUCGUUAAUUCUCCUGCUUUCUCUUGCAAAAUAUCUCCUCGUUGAUCGAUUCUCACCUUCUUCUGUCUUCUUCAUCUCAUUUUCCUCAAAAAUCAUUCAAUGCACAACAAGGCGCAACUCUCCUUUAACUUAAUGGAUGCGGCGCCGCCGUCGUCCUUGGUCUCCAAAGCUAGAACCGCCUUCAAUUCCACCGCUGCUAAAGCGGAGCGCGUCUUCACUGAUCUCAAAUCCGAUCCAGAGGAGGAGGAGGAGCAGCAGCAAUCAACCAGGAAUGAUAAUGACUCUAAGGAGAUUGUUAUAAAGCAUUUCAUGAUGAAGUGGGAUGCUAUGUGAAUAUUGUGCAUAGAUACACAUUCUUUUAGUUCAUGCUAAUGGGAAAUGUUGGGGACAGGAGGAGAAUGGAGUGAAGCCUGAGGGAUGGAGAGCUGCACAUACUAGGAAAAAGAAAGAGUGGCAAAAUAAACUGAGAAACUUAAGAAUCGGGAGGAAAGAAGUUGUCGAAGAAGAUAAAGAGAAAGCUGAGGAGGAUUCAGCCAUGGCUCUUCCUUUCUACGACCAUAAUUUAUACAUUCUUAAAGCUAAGCAAGAGCAAGAAGCCAAGGCAUCUGAUGUUGGCUACUUGUUAGAAUCUCUAAAAACUGUUGAUGUGAAGAGUAUUCCUCGAACAUCCAUUGUGAAGCAGCUGGCUACAGCUAUUGAAGCGGGAAAAAGGGCUACGACUGUGAAAGACUUUGUUGCAUCGUCUGGAAGUUCAUCACCAGUGAAGGAGAGGGGGGCCUUGAGCCUCUCUGCGGUGAAAUCACUGGUUCUUGGUGAAAAAGAGGAUAAAGUUGGUUUUGAUUCAGGAGACGAGGAAAAACUUGUUUCUCUAGUAAAUGCCUUGUUUAAUGUUGAAAGUAACUUCCUCAUCAGAAUGAUUGUCUCUGAUCUGGGGUCUCCUACCAGAAGAGCCUCUUUCGCAAAAGAUCUUCAUGCUGCUCCCCCUUGUAGCUUUGUUGUUAAGCUUGCUGAAGUGAUUGGAAGUUUUACAACACCAAGGAGAAUGGCUUUAUUCUGGUGCAGGGUUGUUGAUGAAUUGAGGAGAUUUUGGAAAGAAGAGAAACAGAUACCGUGGAUAACGCUGGACGAGAAUCCAGAUUUAAAAAGUUGCCUACUUCACCAAUGGUUGCAGGUUAUAAACUGCUGUCUUGCCAGAAAAGCACGCCGGGUAGCUGCUUCUGAAGCAUUAGAUGCUGUACUGAGGCAAGCCAGUUCAGCCAACGAAGAGUCAUACGUUUCAGAAGCAACAGCUUCUCCGGUUUCUCUUUUGUAUGCUAAAAGUAGUACGGGAGAACUAAUUCUCCGGCUGGGCGUAUAUCAUCAAGUUGAGAACUUAACAAUGUUGGAAACUGGUGAGCCUGUGUAUGCCCCAGUAACACAGGAGGGUCCGCUAUUGACAGAAGAUCUUAUUAAAGAAACAGAGGAACUAGUAUUGCGGAGAGGGAGCAUGGGAGCUGGGUGUUCUCAACUCUUGUCUGACAUGCAGGCUUUCAAGGCAGCAAAUCCUGGUUGUAUUUUGGAAGAUUUUGUAAGAUGGCAUUCUCCUUCAGACUGGACUGAGAAUGAUACCUCUUCUGGAGAUGACUCUUCUCCCCUACGAGGUCAAUUAAGUACCAGGAUGCAAAAAGAAGGUAAUUUAUGGCGUGAGCUGUGGGAAACAGCUAAACCACUGCCUGCUGUUAAACAAACUCCUCUCUAUGAUGAAGAUUUAGCUGUAGAAGGAAUUUUGAAUUCUUUGGAAGACAUUCCAGCUGCUGAAUUAUUCGAGCAACUGUUCGUUUCUCUUGUUGCCCUGGGAUUUGUAAUGGUGGAGCCAGUAGUAGCCACAAACGAAGACUUGACAAAGCUUUUCUUCGAAUGCAAGGAGUAUGUAGUGGCGAUUUGCCAGGGAGGCGCAUGCACUGAUAAGCUUGAUGAUCUCUGCCAGGUGUAUGAAACCGUGGAAACAAUGUUAAAACGUCCAGAAGAAGUGUUGAGAUCAAUGAAGCAGACGACAGAGGAGUCGCCAUCAAGCGGGAACGAAACAAAACGGCGGUUCAAGAGGCUUGGUUUCAUCUUCCGUGGUAAAGAAGGAAACCAGAAAAGAGUUCCAUCAGAAACCGAACAUAAGAGUAGGGAACAGAGCCCGCGCCAAUCAUUUUCAAGUCUUUUUGAUGGGAAGUCGUCUCUGUUUGCAAAGAAACCUCCUAGACCUGAUAAUGGGACUCUUAUCUGACAAUCCUUUUCAUAUAUUUAUUUCAUUUGUUCCUUUUUGAGCCAUUUCUCAAUAGGUUUUGUUCAUGGUUUUAGGCUUGAUCAAUUGGUUGGUAACUGUAAAUUCAAACAUUUGUUAGAUGGGAACUUGAAUUUGAUGAAAUGAAAAUGUAUAAGAUUGUGAAAAGUGAGAAGUCUUUCUGUAAGACAUCACUGUGUUUGAAAA